AGGAAAUUUAACUCAAUUAUGACUUUUAAUACGUUAUGGUAAAUUCUGUUUUAUUUAUAAUAAAAUUCAUUAAAAAAUAACGCUCGAAUAAAUUACAUCGUACUGACUCCGAAAAGUAGUAAGUUAAGCGAAGCAAAACAAAAAUGUGUUUUAAUACAUUCCUUAUAUAAAACAAGUCUUUACGUGCCUGACUUUCAAUGGCUAGCAUCACACAGCUUAUAGGACUACGAUAUUGUUGUUUAGGAUCAAAACUAUGUAACAGUAAUGCAAAUGGAUUAAACAUAAUGAUAAAAUACAUUCAUUAAGGUUUGUGAUGAUCUUAUUGUAAACGCAAUGGUGUGGUUUAAAAUCUAUACUUUAGAUUUCAUACCAACAUUUGGGAGAAUUUUACCUAUGCUACAUUUCUUCACAAUAUAGGACAUGGAUUAAAUAAAUUCUUGUUAAGAAAAAAAUGAGACGCUCGACUCGAAAAAGGAAUCCGCCUGCCAGACAUGAAGACGAUGACGAACCGCCGCCACGAAAAAGGCAGCUACAAAAGAAAUCACAACCCCCGACAGCUCAUAAGGUACAUAUACCGCAUAGGGGACCUACACAGCAACAUAUGUUACAUUCUUCGGCUACAGUAUCGCCUAAUUCAAUAACGUCCACGUCAAGGGCACCUACACUACCAGCAAGGGCAAGUACAUUAUCGCCUAAUUCACAUACGUCCACGUCAAGGGCUCCUACACUACCAGCAAGGGCAAGUACAUCAUCGCCUGUAAUAGCCAUACUACCACAAGCGGACAUGGCGCGGCAGUGUUUGGAGCAAGACAUCAAGUUGACAAAUCGACAAGAAAAAAUGAGACACUCGACUAGAAAAAGGAAUCCGCCUGCCAGACAUGAAGACGAUGACGAACCGCCGCCACGAAAAAGGCAGCCACAAAAGAAAUCACAACCCCCGGCAGCUAAUAAAGUACUUAUACCGCCUAGGGGACCUACACAACAACAUGGGUUACAUUCUUCGGCUACAGUAUCGCCUAAUUCACAUACGUCUACGUCAAGGGCACCUACAAUACCAGCAAGGGCAAGUACACCAUCGCCUGUAGCAGCCAUACCACCACGAGCGGACAUGGCGCAGCAGUGUUUGGAGCAAGUUAUCAAGUUGACAAAUCGACACGACAAAACGAGACGCUCGACAAGAGAGAGGAAACCGCCUGUCCGACUUGAGAACCUUGACAAAACAGCGCUACGGAAAGACAGCCACAAGCAACACCACUUCAUAGGGCACCCGUACUUCAAAGGGAAACCAAGCGGCAAUGUAGGUCAUCUUCUGUGGCUACCUCAUCGUCUAGACCCACCUACGACUUCCGACUAG